AUGGCUGACAAACGCACAGGAACUGGGGAAGAGCGGACGCCCACAACAAGGGGCGUCGCCCUCCUCGAGAAGUUGGGGGUCCCCCGCCGUAUCGAGGUCGUUCCGCCGCCCGCAGAGCAGCCUCCGUUCCCGUCGACACCCCAAGAGGGAGGGGAGCCCGGGCUCCCCCUCAGCCUGCAACGCCCGGUAAAGGGUCCCCUGGGGAUGGAGAGGGGCGGGGCGGCUGCGCCCGAAGCCUUCCCGCCCCCGGCCUCUUACCCUGAGGCCUGCUCCGCGGCCCGCGCUCGCCCCGCCAGGCCGGCCUUUGCAGCCGCAGCCCCGCCGCCGCCAAAGCUACCUGAGCCUACCGAGCCGAGAGAGCCCGGGGGCGCUCCAGCCGCCACCGCCUCUUCGUCUCUAUGGUUUUCUUCCUCCUCACCACCCCCCACCCCGCACUUCCUCAUCCGGGACCCGAGCCAGCCAUGCGGGCUCACCCAAGUCCCGCCCCCGCAUGCCGCGCGCGCAAUCCUAGGGGCGGCUCUUCCCGCGUCCAGUCUCGGCUAUGGGCCGGCCCUAGCAGCCUUCUGCCCCGCCCCUGCGCCCAGGAUUCUUAAAGGGGAAAGCACCUUUGCCUCAGCUCCUAUUAAACCUUAG